AUGCGACCUUUACAAAACGCAACUUUUAGCAAAAAACAAGGUGCAAGUGCGGGCAUAAGUUCGAAAAAUAAUUUAGAAUCAAUCAUGAGCGCGUUUAAUGCCAUUGCUGUCACGAACCAAGGCGGAAUCCUUGGACCAAACUGGUCUGCUGCGUCAAAACAAGCCAAGAGUAAUGCUGGUAGUGGUGCUAAUGCUGGAAAACGACCUGUUGUGAACUUAACACCACCACCACAAAAGCAGAAUAAUAGUGCUGGUAACGAUAAUGGAAAUGGUAACUUUAACAAUGUAGGUGGUGCAAAACGAAAUAGCAUAUCACCUAUGCAAAAUUGGAUGCAGCCAGCAGGACAAAAUAAGGGACAACAACCAACAGGCGGAACUGGAGAAGGGAUAUAUAAUCCUAAUACUACACCUCAUAAAGAUCAUAAUGCAUAUCAACCACAACCACAACAGCCAAUAUACAAUCAACCACAACAAGUAGCACCUCUACAGCAACCUCCUCAACAGAAUCAACAAUACCACCAAAAUGUUAGUCCUUCGCAGGCACAGCACACUCAAUUUCAAAAACCUAUUAAUAAUGAUGCUCAACCGGUGAUUUCUCAAUCACAAAAUACUACAACAACAGCUGCUCCAACCACAACAGUAAUAGGAAAAGAUACAGUCGAUGUCAGAAUUUCGGCUUGGCAUACGUUGGCUAUUCCGGAUGCCAAGUCCAAAGAUGGGUUGGGCACCGGGAAUCUGCAUCGUAAAGGACACAAUUAUAAGCCCGUUUCUGAAGAAGAAGUGCUGAGGAUUCAGAGAAAAGGACCAAAUAAAAAAGGUAGUAAGGGCACAAAUCCAAGAUCAAGGAGCAGACGUGAGUCUGCAAUCUCAAGUAAGUCUACGACAAAAAACAAGCUACAGCAAAAAGAUCUCGCAAGUCAGUCGAAAGAAAAUAAAAGUUUUAAGGAUAAUAACGACAACGCCUCGAUCCAAAAGAAUAAUGAUAUUAAGCAGAACGAUCGACCAAGUGGCUUUGGUACCUCGUUGCCUCAACAAGGGUCGAAUUUUCUCCCUGUAAAUCCUUUCGAUAACCAAACUCAACAGACUCCACAACCUUAUCCUCCACACCAAAUGAUAGCACCAAGUCAUCCUCCCAGUGAACCAUUCAGGGAGACUCAAAAUCAACCACAACAAAUGACACCACCAUCUCAGCCGCCUCAACUACCACAAUCACAAUUGCCAGCAUAUGAUAAUUAUAAUAAUUGGAAUCAUCAUUUACAAACAAAUCAAAAUCGAGAUUUAUCACCUGCUCGUUCUACAGGUCGAUCACCUGGCAGAGUAAGAUCUCCCCAACCGAACAACAGCGGCAAAAAAAGCAAUAAUACAUAUCAAGAACAAAAUACUGCUGCUUCUCAAAAAAAGAUAUCAGCACAUCAAUCCGUUACCUCGAAUACCUCUACUACUUCUGAUUUGCAAAAAGAGACGUCAUCUCGAUUUGUUACCCGGAAUCGUGGUCAAUUGCUGCUUACUAUCAAUGUUGAGCUUGAUGAUAACAAAAAUCAUGCAAUCCAAGUACACAUAAAUGAUGAACCGGAAAUGUUAGCGGAAGAAUUUUGUCGACUGCACAAUGCUACUGAUCCUGAAGUGCUGCCAGCAUUUGUGAAUCUGAUAUCGGAAGAGAAGCGAAAAAGAUUGGGGUAUCAAUAA